AUGGAUCCGAACGGUACGUACUUCCUAUAUAUUUUAUUUCCCUAAAAACUUUAUAUCUUUUUGGAGAUACUGUACAUAUAAGGGAGCAAUGCUGAUGUAAGGGCAUUUUCAGUCCAGCACAUACAGUGGCAGUUUUAUUAAAUUGUUAUCAUUGAUAUGAAUAUUUAUUAUGGGAGGCAUAAGUGCCCCUUUUUAAGGCGAGAGGGGCCUUUCCCAGACCCGCCGAGAGAGGGGGGGGGACAAAUUUCCUAUUUUCUGUGGGCACCCAGUCAUUUUUUGGGGCGAAAUAUUUCUGUUUUCCGGACAAAGUACCGAAAUUUGGUAUGGAAAAAGUUGGGGAAAGUGAUACGAAAGCAACUAAAACGUUAUUGUCCGUAAAAAAAUUCCCUGCUGGCAGCCGUAUGUACAGUACCUUGUAAAUCUGUGGAAGCACUUUUGAUAUUUUCAAUCAUACUGAUAGUUCGGGAAAAUAUCUCACUUUAGGAAAUCCUAUCAAACGACAUCCAUCAGUACCUUUGGAAGAUGUGAUAUGUUUACACGAAUUCAUGUCAUCAGGAGCAGAUGAACCAAUGCCAUUCUACAAUGCACUUCUUCUACUUAGAAGAACGUUGUUUCCAUUCUGUCACGACCCAUAUCCUUGGGUUAAAAGUAUCCGUAACAUAUUUGAAAUUAAUCAAAAGCUUUUUUGUAAAUUUGAAAAUAAUUUUGAAACAAAAUGAACGACGUUUCGAUGCUUAAGCGCGUGCGUCAAACGUCGUUUAAUUAAAUUUAAUAUUGCUAAAAUGAAAUUGACAAUUACUGUAUUUAACAAUUAUGCGCCGAAGGCGAGGUGAUUAUGGGGGAAUAUUCGCCUAGACGAAGUCGAGGUGAAUAUUCCCCGAUAAUCACCGAGCCUGAGGCGAAUAAUUGUUUUAGUAUUUUUGUGUUUUUUGGGACUGAAUUUAUUUUAAUUUCGUUCAUUUCUUUAUCAGUAUAACGUCCACAAAACGGCUAUAGCCGCCAUUUUGAAAAUUUCGGUUUUGUUAUAUUCACCUGUAGGUGAAUAUUAUAUUCACCUGUAGGUGAAUAUAACAGCUUAAUACGUCAAAUUUGACCAAUCAACUUGUACAGUAGGAUUUGUUAUGUUCACUUGUGCAAAAGUACUAAAGAAUAUUUAAAAUUGACAAUACACCCUUCACGUCACUUUGGCUGUAGACCCUCGUUUUCGUGUAUGUGACAGCAGUUAAAGGCCACGUCUCAAUCACGAAAACGAGGCUCUAUAGCCAAGAUGACGUACUUUCCUGAAGCGUGUAUUACUGUGUGUCUCCGUGUCACACAAAUAAUGUAAAUGUGAUGAUAUAUUUAUCACAUUUGUUUUUGUUUUAGUAUUGCAAUAUAUGGUAAAAAUAGUGAUAAACCAGUAAUGCGAUAUAUUGACGGUGAUAUUAGAAUAGUAAGUGUCUCUCGCAGUGUCUCUACUUGUGCGACUACUGACUGCAAAUCAUUGGUAUUAAUUUCAUUAACUAUUUUUAAAAACAGGAAGACAAGAAACAACUGGCGAAGUUUUGAAAUCGUUGAUGGCAAUUUACCUAUACCGUGCACGUUUGCAAGAACUAAAGAGCAACACGGAUGACCCCGCUGAUUUCUUCAAUCAUAUGUACCAGCCUGAGAAGGACGUUCGCACCAACGAAGUUGUCCACCAUCGAGAGGAUCACAACCACCUAUUGAAACGAUUGAUCUCACGACUCCGAGAAGGCUACAUCCCAAAUUUUGAUUUGCGCUGUUUAAGAGAAGCCCUGUGCGAUCCUUCGACCGGAUUGACUUACGAGGCUCUUACAGGGAAAAACAAGCAAUCUGUUCCAGACUGCGAGCGUAUGAUUUUGCGAGGUGUCGUCCAGUUCUUGAAGAUGCGCGGUUACAAAAAUGAGGCAAGAGUGUUGGAAAUAUUUCGACAGUGGCAUUUGGCUGCAGAUGGAAGAGGAAUUUGCGAGGAAGAUCGUUCUAGAUAUUUCAAGGAAAUGAAAGACUGGAUCCUGGACAAUUGGAUGCCGUGGCACAUGGCUGACAGCGAUUAUUCGUUUCUCGACGUAAACCGGUAA